CACUGUGGAAGAUUCUGGUUGUUCUGUGGGCUUGAUCCCCAGCAAGGCGAUGUAAAUGGCAGUGACAAUGGUAUAAAUGGACCACAGAUUGCUGUAUCCAGUAUUUUGUCUGGCAGCAGAAGCCCGUUUCAAGAGUUUUUCAACUUGUGGUGGUGGUGGUGGUGGAAUAAUAGACUGUUGUCUUACAUCUGUUGUUGCUUUCAAAGGGUUGUGCUUGUUUGUGUCGAACAGCGGCAAAUUCUGGAGUAUUUGGUCUUCUUCUGGAGAAGUGAAAAACAGGGGAAAACAUUUCCAUGGGAUCACAGACUUGAUCACCUCUCCUUUCUUUCCCUUCCUCUUUACUAUAACAUUGUUGCUUUUGGGUUGGUCUGCCAUGGCCUGCACUGCACUGCGCUGGACGGCACUGCGCUUGCCUGUAAAGCACAGAAAAUGGAUGGCCAAAAACAAAAUUAAUUUCGAAUUCAAAUAGUCUAGACAUGGUCGCACACUGCUUCUGGAUCUCUGUUUUCAGAACCGCUUUUUCAAAGCCGCCAUCAAAUCCGCCACCAGCGAGUAUUCACAGCGCCAAAGUGGUCUAAGUAAAGGACAACCAAGACAGACCAGCAGUUGCCAUUGCAAGCUCGUCGGUGCCCACAGCAGCACCAUCACAAGAAGAAGAAGAAGAAGCGAGUAACUGGCCAGUAGCUAGCUAGAUAGAAGGCAUUGUGGUCACGAGAAGACAAUACAAGUGGACGUAAAAGACAAGGGAAAGUAAAGCACACACACGAUGAAUAAUUUGAAUUUCAUUCGGACAUUGCUGGCGUUGCUCUUGCUGGCCGACACGACUCUGGCAUCCGCAGGAGCAGGAGCCGGCUACGAUGAGUCUACUAGUAUUAAGAACGCGUUGGAGGGUUACACGCCCGGCAAGAAAUUGAGUCGCAAAGAGCGCAUGGAAUUGGCCAAAGAAGAAGCGAAAAAGUACAUGGAACUGCGUCGUCAAGGCGUCGACGAAGUGGGACACACCAAAGAGGCCGCCGCCAUGAGAGACUACCAGCUCCGCAAAAAGAAACGCAAGGGACUCUUUCGAAGACGUCAAGCCGAUUUGGCGUCCAUUCUAUUCCCAGGAGUAUCUCCCGAAACGUACCAGCCCAAUGAACAAAUUUGGGCCAUUACCGAUCUGGUCCAUUCCAAAAAGACACAGGUGCCGUUUGAAUUCUACGAUUUACCCGGUUGUCACAAACCAGAAGGAAAAGCGUGGAUGAAAAAUUUGAAACAGAGACGAAAUUUGGGGGUCCGACUGCAGGGAAAUGAACUCAUGCCGGCACCCUUUCCCCUACGCGUCACACAAAACCAAUCCUGCAAGCCACUCUGUAGAGUCAGCAUUGGAUCCAAAAAGGUCAGAUGGAUGCGAAAAUUAGUCGAACGCCAAUAUCGUAUUCAAAUGACACUCGAUCAAUUGCCCGUCUUGAUGAGGUCCAAGGAACUCAAUUAUGCCGUAAGAGGAUAUCCCGUCGGAUUCAAAGCUCCUCCAUCGUACACUGGCUUGGAAGAGGACGAGUUUUAUCUAUACAAUCACGUCAAAUUCACCAUUUCCUAUCAAGAGGACCCCGCGGCGUUUGAGGGAGUGCGGAUUACCGGAUUCGAUGUACAUCCGGUCAGUAUCAAGCACGAGUUGGGAGACGAAAAGGCAGAUAUUACGGCAACGUCCAUGGUGGCCACCUGCAAUGCCCCGGAUGCACCUCCAGUCAACAACGACCCAUCCACGUAUUUGAGACUACGAUUGGGAGCCACGGGAGAAGAUUUGAAUGUCGUUUACAGUUUUGAGGUCGAAUGGCAAGCGUCAGAUCUGCCUUGGGCGGAUCGUUGGGAUGUCUACCUUAUUGGAAGUCCUGACGAUGACAUUCAUUUCUUUGCCAUUGUCAACUCCCUCAUGAUUGUGCUAUUCCUUACGGGAGCCAUUGCGACCAUCAUGAUCCGAACGCUGCGUCAGGAUAUUGCUGGAUACAACGAAAUUCAAACGUUGGAAGAGGCUCAGGAAGAAACUGGGUGGAAACUUGUCCAUGGAGACGUCUUUCGCCCGCCGUCUUCCUAUCCACUGGCACUGUGUGUCAUGGUUGGAACUGGAGCACAAAUUGGUUCCGCCUGCUUCUUGACAAUGAUGUGUGCCAUGGUCAAGUUGUUGAACCCAAUGAAAAAGGGGGCCACCCUGACUGCGGUGCUGAUCUUGUAUAACCUCAGUGGGUCUGCUGCUGGGUACAUUUCUUCCAGAAUGUACAAGUUCUGCAAUGCCACUGACUGGAAGUUCAACACCGUUGUCACAGCAGCUGCCUUGCCGGGAUCUUUGGUCAGCAUCUUUAUGGUGUUGAAUAUUUUCCUCACAUUUGCGGGUGCUGCAACAGCAGUGAGCUUCUUGACCAUCCUGGCACUGUUUGGAAUGUGGAUGUGUAUCAGUACCCCUUUGGUGUUUGUGGGUUCCUAUUUUGGAUUCCGGGCAGAGAGGUUCAAUGUGCCAGUAAAAACAAACCAAAUUGCCCGAUACAUUCCAGAGUUGCCCUGGUACAGCAGCCCUCCUGUAUCAUUCUUGCUUGGAGGCAUCUUGCCCUUUGGAUCUGUCUGCAUUGAACUCUUCUUCAUUAUGAGUGCCCUCUGGCUGCACCAAAUCUACUAUGUCAUGGGAUUCCUUCUCGCUGUUUUGCUCAUCUUGGCGGCAACCUGUGCAGAAGUUGCAGUUGUCAUGACCUACCUGCAGCUUUGUGUGGAAGAUCAUCGCUGGUGGUGGAAGUCCUUCUGGAAUUGUGCGGCGGCUGGCUUUUACCUUUUCCUCUACAGCCUUUGGUUCCUCUUCAGCCGGUUGGAGCUUGUUGGAAUUCUGCCUGUGAUUGUCUACUUGACUUACAUGUCCAUGAUUUCAGUUUGCUUUGGACUCUUCUGCGGUAGCGUGGGUGUCUUGACAAGCUUUUGGUUCAACACCAAGAUCUAUGGGGCGCUGAAGGUUGACUAGACGGAUGGCGGCACGUUUGUUCAGCUCACUUUUACAUAAAACUAACUAGCUAGAUUGUGAAGUUAGGAAUCCG